UUUUUUUUUUUUUAUUAAUAUUUUUGUAAUCUUAAGAGCUCUGAUACACAUUUGAGCCGCCAAUCCCGUUUGUGUGUCUCAAGGUCGCCAUUUUUUGUUCUUCACCCUUUUCGAGUUGGUGCUAAUGGACUGUAGACUUCUUUCUUUCAAUCAGAUCAGUGGGUUGGCUUGUAAUUUGCGAGCAGUUGCUGUUCCAAAAAGUGUUCCAUAUCGUUUUUCCUGUUCUUCUCGGCCAGGGCCAUUUUGUUGCACACUGAGUUGUUCAAUGAAGUCCUAUAGGCUAUCAGAUCUUAGUACAUCCGAGGUUGAUAGCCUCAAAGCUCGUCCUCGAAUUGAUUUUUCUUCCAUUUUUGAUGUGGUUCAACCCAUUGUUGAUGACGUACGCAGUAGGGGCGAUACAGCUGUUAAAGACUAUACAAUCCGAUUUGACAAAGUGAAACUAGACAAUAUAGUCGAGAAUGUCAAUGAUCUUCCUGAUCCAGAGCUUGAUGCAGCUGUUCAAGAAGCAUUUGACGUGGCUUACAGUAAUAUUUAUGCUUUUCAUGCUGCUCAGAAGCCAGUUGAGAAAUUUGUUGAGAACAUGGAAGGUGUUAGAUGCAAGCGAGUGGCAAGGAGUAUUUCAGCUGUUGGUCUUUAUGUUCCUGGGGGCACAGCUGUUUUGCCUUCAACUGCUUUGAUGCUUUCAGUUCCUGCCCAGAUAGCCGGGUGCAAAACUGUUGUACUGGCAACUCCCCCUACUCAAGAUGGCAGCAUUUGUAUGGAGGUCCUUUAUUGUGCUAAGAAAGCUGGUGUUACUCAUAUUCUUAAAGCUGGAGGUGCUCAGGCCAUUUCUGCCAUGGCUUGGGGAACCGAAUCUUGCCCUAAGGUUGAGAAGAUAUAUGGGCCUGGCAAUCAGUAUGUCACAGCUGCAAAAAUGAUCCUCCAGAACAGUGAGGCUAUGGUUUCGAUAGACAUGCCUGCUGGACCAUCAGAAGUGCUUGUCAUUGCAGAUAAACAUGCCAACCCUGUUCAUAUAGCAGCCGAUUUACUUUCACAGGCUGAGCACGGUCCUGACAGCCAGGUUGUUCUUGUAAUUGCUGGAGAUGGUGUGGAUCUAACUGCUAUUCUGGAUGAGCUCAACAAGCAGUGCCAAAGCCUGCCAAGGGGAGAGUUUGCUUUAAAAGCACUGAGUCACAGCUUUGCCGUUUUUGCACGUGAUAUGGUUGAGGCUAUCAAUUUUUCUAACUUGUAUGCACCUGAGCAUUUGAUUAUCAAUGUGAAAGAAGCUGAGAAGUGGGAAAGUUUCAUACAGAAUGCAGGUUCUGUAUUUUUGGGUCAGUGGACACCCGAGAGCGUAGGAGAUUAUGCGAGUGGAACAAACCAUGUUCUUCCAACAUAUGGUUAUGCACGGAUGUACGGUGGUGUGUCUUUAGACUCGUUCUUGAAGUACAUUACAGUCCAGUCACUGACAGAGGCAGGGUUGAAGAAGCUAGGCCCUUAUGUAGCAACUAUGGCUGAAGUCGAGGGUCUAGACGCCCACAAGAGAGCUGUGACCCUCAGACUAAAGGACAUCUAAAAAGAAAAUUAUGUCAACGGACAAGUUGCCCUCAGACUAGAGGACGUUAAUAUUGAACUAUGUCCCGUCCUCGAGAAUAGAGACCAUUGAUAUAGAUUUCUCUCUCUCGAAAUGAUAAGUGAAUUGCUUUUUAGAGGGAUACAUUUUGCCGUCGUCCAGAUUUGAGUGUGCUUUGUAGCUGUGUACAAUUAUUCUGUAUGAAAUUCUUUAGGUAUUUUAUAAAACGAAAAAGAAUAAAUCUGGAGAAAUUUCAUGGGUACAAUUGACAUCU